UUGUUAUGUGACUCACAGGAAACAUUUUGGCAUUUUCAAUUGUUGCCACAAUCGAGUUUUUGCUUAGCUAGCUCUUGAAUUUUUGUUUUCAUGGAUUCACCGUCUGAUUCGCAAGUUAUAAGGAGGAGAAAAGGACCGGCAUUUGAAUAUUUGGUUCCGCUUAUUUAUGCACCGGCUCUUCCUCUCAUUAGGAUAGCACUGAGGCACAAGCCAGUUCUUAGGGAUCGUUUGUUCUAUGGUGUCUUGGCUGGUGCAUUUGCUCAUGGAACUUAUUUAGUUACAGAUUUAUAUGAUGCUGAGAGCAAGUGAUGGAUAUUCCGACCUGGAGAUUUCUCUUCUAUAGCAAUUUUCCCUGUGCUCAAACAAGAUGCAACUUGAUAUUCUGAUGACAUUUCUUAUACUACUAUAUUUUCAUGCGAUCGUGCUUCUAUCUUUUGGUAAGGGGUAGACUAAAUACACAUUUAAACAUUUUGCUCUUUGGAAUCAUUACUUUGUUUGAGAAUGUUUCUGAAACAUAUGUAGCUGUUGUAACCAAGGAAUCCCGUAGUUGCUCAAGGUUUCAUCGAUAAGUUUCCUUAA